AUACAUGAAGUAUUAAAAUAUUUUGGUAGUAUACCUCUCUUAUGCAUUAGAGUGCAAUUUAUAGGUCAUCUAAAAAUGGCUGUAUCUGGACGUAGACAUACUUACGGACUAGGAUCGGAGGAAUACGUAGAAAUAUCCUGUAAACCGUGUAAAGAUGAUGGCAAAAAUACGGCAGCUAACGGAUGGUGUCAAGAAUGCGAUGAACAUAUGUGUUCAAUUUGUUUUAAACAUCACCGUAAGGGAAAGUUUUGUAAAGAUCACGUAUUACUUGAUCACAGAUAUAGUGAUAGUGCAAAAACGAAUACAAGCGCGCCCGAUGACGAUAUGGAAAAAUGUCCGGAACACCGUAAAGAGUUAGUUAAGUUUUAUUGCCAAACUCACGAUCAGGUUGGAUGCGGAGACUGUAUGAUCCUUGAACAUAAGACUUGCCAAGUGAAAUACAUAUCAGACAAGGCCAAAGCUUUUAAAGACAGCAAAGAAUUAAGAGACGUUGAAAAAGAUGUUGAAAAUUGCAGCAUUCAAAUUCAAGAAUGUUUGUCAGAAAUACAGACAAAUAAAAAUGCAACCGAGACUGUACAUGCGAAGUUUAUUUGUGAUUUAGAGGCAUUUAGGGAUGAAAUUGUCAAGAAUAUAAAUAGACUUACAGCGGACAUGCGAGACCAAGCUACCGAUAUCAAAACAAAGGAUGCCAGUGCCAUAGGCCAAAUUGAACAAGAGGCGUUUGAUAUUAAAACUGAAAUAUCUUCCAUGGAAGAGACGCUACAGUCACAUAAGAAUCAGCCAAAUCGGUUGUUUGCCGCUACAGUGCUUCUAAGAAAUAAACUAAAGAACACUAAGCAAAAGAUAGCUGAGAUUAAGAAAAAGAAUAGAACUGAAGAAUACGUAUUUCUUAGAGAUAGUAAUAUUGAAAGUGCAAUGGUAAAGAGCAGUGCUAUUGGUCUUAUUCAACAUUGUCCUGAUAAAAGACAAGAAAUAGAUACAAAGAAUGGCGACAGUAAGCUAAUCCAAAUGACGAUGAAGCCACAAGUAACAUCAGACAUCCCAAACGAUCAGACAUGUAACAUCAGCUGUCACGUGAACAGUAAGCAUCUGAGAACAGUUACGCUAAAGAAAAGAUCUGGCGGUUUUGGUUUUAAUAUAACUGGGGGUUAUGAUGGAGCUGCUGUUUUUGUGUCAAGAAUUAUAGCGGAUUUACCAGCAGAAGAAUCCGGCAGGAUCCUGCAAGGUGACAAGAUAAUAUCGAUUAACGAUGUACGUACGACAAAAGCUUCACAUGAUGACGCAGUGAAAUUAUUAAAAGCAAGGGAUCAGACAAAGUUAGUACUCAGUUAUUGUAUCGAAGAGUUCAACGAGUUCGUGAAGAAACAUACUAAGAAGUAGUGAAAGAAGCGUAUGAUUCUGGCUGGAUCUGGUUACUGAAUAUAAAAGUGUUUGAUUACGACUUGAUCUGGUUACUCAGUAUAAACUCGUGUGUUUAUGACUGGAUCUGUGAACUGAGCUUAAAAAGCGUGAUUAUGACUGGACCUUUUUACUUCGUAUAAGUGGAUGCUAUUAUGACUUGAUCUCUGUAUUGUGUAGAAAAACGUGUGAUUAUGACUUGAUCUGUGUACUGAGUAUAAAAACGUGUGGUUUUGACUAGAUCUGUGUACUGUGUACAAAAACGUGUGAUUAUGACUGGAUCUGUGUACUGAGUACAAAAACGUGUGAUUUUGCUGGAUCUGUGUACUGUGUACAAAAUCGUGUGAUUAUGACUGGGUAUGUGUACUAAGUUCAAAAUCGUGUGAUUAUGACUGGUCUGUGUACUGAGUACAAAAUCGUGGGAUUAUGACAGCAUUUAUGUACUGAGUACAAAAUCGUGUGAUUAUGGCAGCAUCUGUGUACUGAGUACAAAAACGUGUGAUUAUGACAGCAUCUGUGUACUGUGUACUAAAACGUGUGAUAUGACUGGGUGUGCAAUUGUUUUGACAUAUCCUGAUUAUAUUUUAUUUCAAAUAUUAUGAUAAUAUGCCGGUUCGACUGCUCUGUCGUAAUUGAACACUAACCCUGAAGUGCUAAACAAAUUCACGCUAGUAGUGGAAAUGUUUAGUCUGAGUCAAUUGAAACGGCUUGUUAUAGAAAACCACUGCUGAUUUAUGAGAUAUAAAUCUUAAAAUUGUUUUACAGUUUGAGCACAUUAGUCAUUGUUAAGCUAUCUUGUUCAUGUAGCACAUCGUCAGGCACUAGACAUUAACUAGCAUUAUACAGUUUCCUUUUUUGUACUACAUUUCCUCACACAGCCAAGGCAAUCCUUUUUGAAAGGAAUUUUUAUCCUAUUUUGCAUUCGCUGAAACAUUACUUGUCACUGACAUAUUUUUCAAAUAGGCGAAAUAAUGUUGACGUAAAAUGUAAGCGUUUCGUCAGUAACGUCAAAUAACAUUGUUCAUGUAUUCAUAUUACGUACUCAUUUUACUUUUUUGAAUAGAAAAAGGUCCAUAUAUUUGUAAAUAUAAAAUUAGUUUUCAUUCCUAAAAAAUAAAUCGUGUUUUCUUUUCACAACAAUUUCCAUUUUACUAAUUAGAAGUGAGGCUAUUCUUUGAGAAAACAAGUUGUACCUGGUUAACAAGUAAGUAAAUAAGCUGUUUGGUGAAGGCUGGCGCAAAGUAAACUACAUAAUAGAAGAAAGAGGAGGAGUAUGUUACGGACUAGGCCGUUUCCUGUCCAGCUCUUUCAAUAAUAGAAAAAGCGGGGAUAACAAUUAUCAUACUAAUAUGGAUAAUUGUACACAUUGUGUGGUAAGUAUCUGAUUUCCUAUUAGUAGUAUAGUUUGAUUUUGGUAGUACAGAUCACCUAUUUUGCAGUUAUUUAUACGUGAGGGUAUUGAUCAGUCAAUUUAAUGGAUCACGUGUUGUAAAAUGUUAUCAAGUUAUCAAGGAGUUUUGCAGUAGAUACUUAUGCCGUUUACUGAGUAGAUAUUGUACAAAAUGAUCCCUGGCAGUAUUUCGAAG